CAAACAAUUCAAAUGAAAACAUCUAUCUCCCAACUUUAGUUCCUACUCACAUUACACCUUUAUCAUAUACUAUUAUUAAAUAUUAAAACCAACCAAAAAAGUUUCUUUCCCUUUUACUUUCCUUAAUCCAAUUCCAAACUCCAUUAUUAGUAUCAUUAUCUUAUAAUAAAUAGAUCCAACAUUCAUUUGUUCAUCUUUCCUUUCAUAAUUCAUUAAGCCAAUAUGACUUCCUCAGAGAGCUUAAGUUUCUUUUCUCCUGAAUAUAGUACACCUAAAAUGUUUCCUCUAACACCAUCACCAACACCAGCACCAACUCAUAAACGUGGCGGUCCAUCGCCUAUGAGCCAAAUCAUCAUGGCAAAACAAGCCCUCAAUCAACCUUUGACACCAGAAAUGUCACAUGAAAUCAAGAAUAAACCAAUAGUACAAUAUGUUGUGCCACGACAACGUAGACGUACAAAUCCUGCAGUGUGGUGUGCUGCAAUACUAUGCAUGAUGUUCUGCCUACUACUAAUAAUAUUUGGUAUUGGAACUUUAGUCAUUUUUCUAUCUAUCAAACCAAGAAAUCCAGUGUUUGAUACAUCAAAUGCAAGCCUAAGUGUCAUAUACUUAGACUCACCUAAGUAUAUGAAUGGUGACUUCACAUUUAUAGCAAAUUUCACCAAUCCAAACAAGAAACUUGAUAUGAGAUUUGAGCAUUUGGUCAUUGAACUUUUUUUCUCAGAUAGCUUAAUAGCAACACAAGUUCUUCAACCUUUCAGUCAGAGGCAACGCGAAACACGAUUAGUACAAGUUCACAUGAUAUCUAGCUUGGUUUAUUUGCCACCAAUUUCAGCCUUCAAGCUACAAAAACAGGUACUUAUCAACAGAGUUGUGUAUAACAUCAGAGGAACUUUUAAGGUCAGAGUUAAUAUUGGCCUAAUUCAUUACUCUUAUUGGUUACAUGGGAGAUGUCAAUUAGAGAUGACAAGUCCACCUACUGGUGCUCUUAUUACACAUAGUUGUAGAACAAAGAGGUGAAAAAAAAAUGAUUACUUCUGUAUAUUGCAUACUUUAGUACAGCAAUUUGAUUUGAUUUUCCAGAUUCCUUCUAUUAUGUCAAGUACAAAAACUAUGUUUCUCAAUGCCAAGCAAGUUGAGAUCGGCUAUAUAAAUUCUCAUUUUUUUCUAUAUUCAAGAUUAAAGGAAACUUAGUUGUUUAGCACUAGAAGUUUCCUGCAGUAUAGUUCAAUAAUUGAAAGGCAAAAGGUUGGAUCAAUUAGACAAUUGUCUCUUUUUCUUUAGUUUUGCCACAGGAAACUUCCCACCCACCCACCUUCCUGCCCCCCCUCCCCCCAGAAGGGGUUUGUGAAGUUGGUAAUAGUGGUGUUCGAGUCAGGUUGUACACACUUGACUAUUCCACCGAGUACAUGCUACCUCCUUACAAGACUUAAACAGAUGGGAAGAAAUCAUCAAUUGUUUUCUGAAGAAGUUUGUAGAGUUGGUAAUUGGGAUUCUAGUUCUAUAUUUCUCAAGCCAUGACAUCUUCAUGUGUCGGAUACUCAAAAAAUGCACUACUUUUGGAGGAUCUAAAAUGUACCCUCGAUAUUUUCGAAGAGUCCAAGCAGCAUAGUAUGAGGCACUUUUAUUGAUACCUCUUUAGUAUAUUGCUUUAAGAUUGCAAUAUAUGUUUCUACAAAAUGGCAGCCAGCUAGCAAAUGGAAUAUAUUAAAUCAUCUCUGGUGGUUCAAAAGUAGCUGAGAUAGCAAAGAAGGACAUACAAGAAGCACCUAAGUACAUACACAAAUCACUUUUUCUUUUAUACCUUUCUAUUUCAAUAAUAAGUAGAAAUAAUUGUUCUAUUCACAAAUCUCUUGGACCUUGCCUGUCCCUUCGAGGAAAUCUGAUAAAAUUGGAAUGAUACAGAGAAGAUUAGCAUGACUCAUGUGCAAGGAUGACAUGCACAAAUUGAGAAAUGGUCUUGGACCUUGCCUCAAACAAGACUUACAGGGGGUAGAUCAGUGCAAAUAUAUAGACAAAGUGAUGCAGUCUGCAUAACAGAACCUCUGCAUUAUCAAGAAUGAUCGACAGCAAAUUUACAACGUCGUUGUAACUGAAAUUGGAUGACAAAAAAAUGUCACAGAAGCCCUUGAAAGUUGCUACUAUGUGUGCCUUAUAUAAGCAGUCACACUAGCUAGUAGCAAUGGCAACAAAGAAUAUAUAUGUGAUCAAAAUUUCUUAUGGAACUUCCACGAGUAUUAUGGACAACGCGGAGAAAAUAUGCAGAAGAGAUGAAGAUCUUUAGCAAUACCAACAAUGUUGAAUGUUAAGGAUUUGUGAUUGUUGUUAUCUGGUUUGUGAGGUGAAAAUCUAAUUUGCUUACACUUAUAGAGGUCUAAAUUUCAGCUAUUCAGAUGUAAUUCAUUAAAUUUGUUUACUUUUUAAGUUAAAAUCUUAA